AGCUUUGGGUUGGCAGAGGUGGACAGGAAAUAUAAUCUUUCUUUUCUAAUUCCUGUAGAUACGAUAUCUCAACCGAUGAUCAACUUGGUUUUUGUUAAUAUAAUUUAAGCAUCUCCCUCGUCAACAAGAUUAGUAGAAGACUGUGUGUAGGCUUCAUUUGAUUUGAGAAAGCAGAUGAGGACAAAAUUCUCAGGCCUCAGUUUCUUCUUCUAAUACCCUCCCUCCCCCUUCUUUCUAGUGGAAGCGUGCAGUAAUUUAGGUUCAUUUCUCAGCUUUUUCAAGCCUUCCGGACUAAGCCUUGAUCAGCUGUUCAAGUCGUUGGACUAUAAAGGCUCGACGAACUUGUGUUUUUAGGGCAAGACUUGUGCAGCUCUGUACAUUUUUGUGGAGUAAGAAGCUACCCUUAUGGAUAUAGCAGCAGGGAAAUGGCUUAGUGAGAUGGGCAUGGAUGAUUACAAAUUCAUCCAUCAAUGCCAUAUCAACUCUCUUGCCGAGUUCACCGCACAAAACAUGGCAACUACUCUACUGGGAGAAAACCUCCAACGAUCUUUCUCUUCCGAGAGUUUCUCCUCGAAACCCAGUUUAAUGAUGACCAGAAACACCACGAUCACCAGUACUUCAAAUGGUUCCUCCUCUGAAACGUCUCAGACCAGCAUUGAAACACCUGGAAAACAGCAGAGAACUAACAGCUGGAACUCUAGCUUUUCUACCCUGCACCAAUCGCCAAAACCAACCUCUAGCUUCUCUACCCCGCACCAAUCGCCAAAACCACCUUCUCCUAUUCCUGAAAGUUUUUCUUUCAACACCUCAGCUCCACCACCUACGGCCAGCUCCCAGCAGUUUUACGGAAAUCUUGACCGCUUGAUCAAGCCUAAGGAUGAGGCUGCAUCUCCAAUAAACAUGCACUUUCAAACUUCAAUUUCAAAAGCUGCUUGUGAGAGAUCAGAAAGUUAUGCCCCAGAGGCUAAGCAAGGGAUCAAGAGGCCUUACUCAAUGACUAGAAGUGCUAUGCAUGUUCAAGAUCACAUAAUGGCUGAGAGAAAGCGCAGAAAAAAGCUUAGCCAGCAGUUCAUUGCUCUUUCAGCCGUUGUUCCAGGUCUUAAAAAGAUGGACAAGGCUUCUGUCCUUGAAGGCGCUAUGAAGUACAUGAAACAACUCCAAGAACAACUGAAACAACUCCAGGAUCAGACCAAGACAAAAACCAUGGAAUCCGUGGUUCUGCUGAAGAAGUCUAAGCUCUCUGUUGAUGAUGAAUGUUCUUCAUCUGAUGAGAACUUUGAUGGCCUCCCUGACUCACCGCUCCCAGAAAUUGAAGCAAGAACAACCGAUAAGGAUGUACUGAUUCGGAUCCAUUGCAAGAACCAGCAAGGAGUUGGGAUUAAAAUACUAAGCGAGAUUGAGAAUCUUCAUCUAUCAGUCGUCAAUAGCAGUGUAUUGGUAUUUGGGAAUUCCACUCUUGACGUCACAGUAAUUGCUCAGAUGGACAAUGAUUUCUCCUUGACAAUGAAAGAUCUUGUCAAAAAACUAAGACUGGCUUGUAUGAAGCUCUCAUGUGCUAUAAUACCAAGCUCGUGCAUUCAAGCCUGAAGAUUUGCCCAGGCCCUCCAUUUUUUAUCCAAAUCUUCUCGGACAAGCACUGGUCCACAAAUCUCCCAUCCCCUUCAGUAGAUCAGUUUGUAUUGUCAAUUAAAAGGUUGCUAUGCCAAUUGCCAUGGAGGUCCGGCUCGCAGCAGGACUUUUCUUCUUGUUUUUUGCGUGUUGACCACGUUGAAUUACCCACAUGCUGUGCCAAGAAUCCACA